UUUUAAAAUUGAUUGUUUUUAUUCCUGAUUUUGGACAAAGCGGUUGAUUAUGUUUAAUCAUUCCUUUUGUUAGUCAUUUUUAAUUCAUUCUUGAUCUCUUUUAUUUUGAUUUUAUUGUUGAUAACUUAAUCAUAAACUGCGUAUCUGUGAUCUCAAUUAUUCAUUCAUCUUUGAAAUUCAUCCAAAGAGUAACUAAAGAGUUUUGUUCUAUUUUUUCGCCCUCUCCUUCACUUGUUUUUGGUCUAUUGACUCAAUUUCUGUUAUUUUAUUUAUUGUUAUCGAAGAUUCUAUUCAAGGGAAUCUUUUAGUGAUAUAAGUGAUAUUUUUGAUUGAUUAACCGGUGCAAUAAAAGCCUUUUUCAAGAAAAAAUUGUGCUAAAAAAUGGAUGAAAAGCAAGAUUAUUGUCAUUUUUUUGAGGGAACUGAGAAGCUGCUGGAAAUAUGGUUCGACUCGGAAACCUCAUCUCAAAAAAAUUCUGGUGCAACUAAUUGUGACCUUCGUUUGAUCCCUCGAACAGCUUGGGAAUCUUUAUUGUCCCUGGCAAACUGUGAAAUCAUUAGCUUCAAGAAAAAUGACAAGCUCGAUGCGUACGUUCUCUCGGAAAGCUCAAUGUUCGUCUCAAAGAAUCGAUUUAUUUUGAAAACUUGUGGUACCACUACUUUAUUCAAUUGUAUUGAGCCACUUCUUUACUUGGUUAAAAAAUUUACUGGAUUCGAUGAAGUAUUGGACAUAUUUUAUUCGCGAAAAAAUUUCCUUCGACCUGAAUUGCAACCUAAACCUCACAGCUCUUUUUAUGAUGAAGUUGAGUACUUGGAUAAUUAUUUCGAGAAUGGUGCAGCUUAUUGUAUGGGUCCGAUAAAUCGUGAUUGCUGGUUUUUGUUUACUCUCAAUCAAAUCGAACCAUUAAAAAUGAUUGAAGGACCUGAUCAAACUUUGGAGAUAAUAAUGCAAAACUUGGAUCCAAAGGUCAUGAAAUUAUUUACUCGAGAGGUCUGCUCAACGGCUAAAGAAGCAACUUCUCGAUCUGGUAUUGACAAAUUGCUUCCUGGAAUGGUUAUUGACGACUUUCUUUUUAAACCUUGUGGUUACUCUAUGAAUGGUCUCAUCAAUGGCGACUAUUACAUGACGAUCCACAUCACUCCAGAGCCGCAUUGUUCAUAUGUUAGCUUUGAAACUAACUAUCCUCAAGCAAAUUAUUAUGAUUUGGUCUCCCGGCUUCUCAAAAUCUUCAGUCCUGGAAAAUUUACCUUGACUUUAUUCGCUAAUGAAAGCUCAAUAGCUGUUGAAUGCAUGCAAGAUUAUCGGAUGUUGACAUUUUCUGGAUUCGUGGGCAAGGAGUUGCAAUUCAGCCAUUUGAAGAAUUACAACCUCACUUAUGGAUUGUUCGCAAAAGCACCAAGCUGAGAAUUAAUGAAACACUUCUCUUCCCUCGCAGUCUCUUCACGUAGAUCUAUGAUAAAAUACAAAAUUAAACUGUACUUCUUUAGUUUGCGAGUAAUCAAUAAAAUAUCUGCACUACUUCAGUCAAUUGA